AUGAGUAAAACAACUCAACUCUUGACCAACGAGGUCUCGAAGACAGUAGAGCCUUUUGUGGAUGCGGGUAACUUGUUGUUGAUUGACAGAGAUGCACAUGAUUCAGUUGAAAAGAAGGACUGGUUAGUUAACUAUGACGUAUAUGAAUAAUAAUGUCUUAAAGUCUUGUUUCAUUUAUUUUUUAAAAAUAUUUCAACUAAACUUUAAAAAAUAACGCUUUUACACUUAAAUUACGUUGUUUUAGUUGUCCAACAGAAGAAGAGCUUAAGAAAAUGACCAGAGACAACAUACAGUACUUGUUUAAUGAAAUAUGGAAGUUGCCAAGGAAGAUUGUAGCUGAUGCGACUUGUGCGACAUUACCUGAAGGCAAAUUAUUGAUUCCAAGAGAAAAACCGGUGGGUUUUUUUAAAUUUUAAUCUGGUUUUUAGGUAAUUCUUGUAAAAUACAAACUUACUAAUUUAUUUUGUUUUAGUUACCUGCUAAGCCUCCAAUGACAAAAUGGCAAGAGUUUGCUCAAAGAAAGGGAAUUGGAAGCAAUGACGACAAAUCGAAGAAGGUCUGGGACGAGGAAGCACAGGUAGGUGGAGAUUAAUAAGUUGAAGUAGACGUUUUUGACAAAAUAUUUCUAAAUUUUUUCAGAAAUGGGUACCUCGUUAUGGUUACGAACACAAGAAACAUCAAGAAGGCAAAGACUGGCUCAUUGAGAUUCCAAACCAGAAAGAUCCUAAUGUGGACUACUUUGCCCAGAAGGCAGAGGCCAAGAAGGAAAGAGUGGCCAAGAAUCAACUACAACGUCUUAAGAAUGUCAAAAGACAGCUUAGGGAUACAGCUAAAGGAAAAGAACAACGAUCUUAUACUGACUUUGGACGUGGAGCUAAUUCUAUCCCAUUAGGUGUUGGUCAAGAUCCCAAACAGAGGACUAGACAGGAGGUAGGUUUUGUGGUUUAUACAUUGAAAGAGACCAUGUAUCUUGACGACCUUUGAUGGAUUUGUUAUGUUUUCACUUGUAAAUCAUUUUUUAUUUUAUUGUUUUAGCUGAGCUACAAGGUGCACCAUGCUAAGGAAGCGACAGCAUCGGCCGGUAAAUUCCAACGCACGAUAAAAGGCGAAAAGACUCCUAAACUUGGCAUCAAACGGAAGUUCGAACCGAAUGAACAAGAUUCCAAGACAGAAAAGUCGAAACAACUCCAGAUUCUCGACCGGUUGAAUUCUAAGAAGCCAAAGAUUGACACUGCCAAAAUCAACGCCGCCGCCGAAGCCAUGCAGAAUCGUGGGGAUUCAGAAGAGGAUGGCAAAAAGAAGAUAAAGACACCAAAGAAAGUGAAAGGAACUGGAAGGAAGUCAGGAUUCAAACCUACAAAGGGCGGAAAGUUUGAAGGAAAACCAGCUGGAAAGUUUGGAAAAUCUGGAGGCAAAUUCGGAGGAAAACCUUCGGGCAAAUUUGGAGCCAAGAAAGGAAAAGGAAGAACGUAA